CGUGUCCGGCCACGAGACGCGAUCUGUCGUUUCGUUUCUGGCUAUUCUAUUCUCCGUUCUUUUGUUGCCGUCUUGUCUCGCUCGUCUUUCGCGGUGCGUUUUCCGUGUGUCUCGGCGGCAAGCAAGUACUCUGCUGACAAAUUUCCUGGUGUUAAAUUCCGAGGCGAUUUUCCCACUUCAAAAAGAAGAUAAAAUGAGUGAAACAAAAGAAGUCGUCCACGCUGAUGGACCAGAAGGCAGCGGUGCAGAAUCCGAGGGAGAGGAGAAAUCCGCCACACGGUUCUUUUUAAACAGUCCGGCUUUCAUGUCUGGUCCGAUGCGACGUCAUUUUCUCCAAGAAAUGGUAAAAAUGCUUCCGGAAAAAGUACGAAAUCGCGUGACCGCUCUCAAACACGUCCAGCUCGAGCAAUUGAAGCUCGAAUCUAAAUUUUAUGAAGAAGUCUACGAAUUAGAGCGCAAAUACCAAGGUCUCUAUCAACCACUUUUCGAUAAACGUCAAAAAAUAAUCUCAGGCGAAGUUGAACCAGAGGUAGAAAAGGCCACAUGGAAAUCAGAUGACGAGGAUACAGAGGAGCUUUCAGAUAAAAUGAAGGAGAUAACAUUGAAGUUAAAGAAGAAUUUGGAUGUCAAAUAUCCUGAUGAUGUAAAGGGUGUUCCGGACUUCUGGUUGACAGUGUUCCGAAGUGCUGAAUUACUUUCAGAAAUGGUCCAAGAGCACGAUGAGGCAGCUCUUAAAAAAUUACGCGAUAUCAAAAUUGUAUACGCAGAUAACCCAAUGUCCUACACUUUAGAAUUUCACUUCGAUAAAAAUGAUUAUUUCUCCGACCCGGUUCUAACGAAGAAAUAUUUCUUGAAAACAGCCGUUGACGGCGAAUAUCCGUUCGGUUUUGAAGGUCCAGAAAUAUAUAAAUGCGAAGGAUGCACUAUUCAUUGGGAAAAAUCUAUGAAUCUUACAGUGAAAACAAUUCGCAAGAAGCAAAAACAUAAAGCCCGUGGAGCAGUCAGAACAAUCACAAAGCAAGUUCCAAACGAUUCCUUCUUCAAUUUCUUUAAUCCACCUCAAAUCAAUGAAGAAGAUAAAGAUAAGGAAGAUGAAGAAACGCAAGGAAUUUUAUCAACCGAUUUCGAAAUUGGUCACUUCCUGCGGGCGAGAAUAAUUCCAAAAGCUGUCCUCUACUACACCGGAGACGUCAUCGACGAGGACUACGACGACGAUGAUGAUGAUUACGAUGAAGAAGAGGAAGAAGAAGACGAGGAGGAAGAGGAGAGCGAAGAAGACGAUGCACGCCCCAAGCGGAAGCCCAUCGGCGGCAAGAAGCCCACUCCAAAUGAGUGUCCCAAUCAAUGAGACCAGCGAACGCACCAGGAAAUACACCAGCAGCGAGGAAGAGCCAGAGAGAGAGAAUGAGAAGAAAUUUGUAAUAAAUAAUUUGAGAUAAAACGCAUACAUUCAUUCGGUUUUGGGAAAUUCUGCCACUUAAACGAAAAUGUAUUACAACCCGAGAAAAAAAUGCUAAAAUCUAAGAAAUUAAAAAUGAAAUGCGAUACCUACAAUUUGUUCUAAGUUAACGCACUCACUGCUAUUCCCAUUCAUAUACAUGAGAAGAAAACAGCAAACCCAUACUCAUCAAUAAUAGAACGUUUUUAAAAAAAGUUGUCUUUUUCCUUUUCUCACCGUUUUUCUUUUAUAUUCAAUCGGAAAACGGCACUUAGAGAUUAUAUUAUAACCAAUAAGAGUGAAGAAGAAAAGCAAUUACUUUUAUUCAUGUUUCCAAAAUUAUUUUUUAUACAUUUUUCAUAAAUUAUA